AUGAAGACUUGUGGAGCUCUACUGGUGCUGCUGUGCUGCUGUUUGGCUGAGACACAGCUUAGAGGAGACACCAUCAGUGACAAUGACAUCACUCAACAGGGCCAUUAUGGUGAAGCAGAGACCAGAGAAAAUGAGAUUAUGGGUGCAGGACAGAGAACUGAAGAUGCAGACACAGCCUCCACCCAACAAACCUGCCAGCCUGACAUCCACACUGUGCUGAGAGAGAUGAGCGCUCUGGUGGUGGAGCAGAGAGUGGAGCUCAGACACACUAAGACACAUGUGGAGGCUUUGGAGAAGAAAGCAGAGACUAUGGAGACCAGACUGAGGGCCAGUGAGAAGACAGCUGAGGAGCAGAGAGUGGAGCUCAGAUACACUAAGACACAAAUGGAGGCCAGAUUGACUGCUAGUGAAAGUAAGGCAGAGACUAUGGAGACCAGAUUGAGAGCCAGUGAGAAGGCAGUCGAGGAGCAGAGAGCUGUAAUUAAGGAGCUAAAGGAGAAACAGGAGGAGCAGGCAGCAGCUGUGAGAGCCGUAGGAGGCAGUGUGAACAUCACGGGGAGUCAGGUGGAGGAGCUGAGGAGGGAGAGAGAGCAGAGGAGGGUGUCCUUCUCUGCCUCACUGCUGGCAUCUGGUGCUGGAAAUACAGGACCCUUUUCAGUUGCAACUCCCCUGGUCUACAGACACAUCUUCACUAACAUUGGAAACGCCUAUAACCCAAACACAGGCGUCUUUACAGCUCCAGUCAGAGGGGUCUACCACUUUGUCAUCUUUGUCGACGGUGUUGGUCAUGCAUCUACAUGGACUGGCGUCUCUCUUCAUAAAAACGGGGAGCAUGUUGUCAUUACACACACUCAGCAGCCACACUACAGAGUGACCUCCUCUAAUGCAGCCUCUCUGCUGCUGGAGGUGGGAGAUGUGGUCUACGUGAAGCUGUGGCCAGGGUCGUGGGUAAUGGACAAUCAGAACCACCACACCACCUUCUCUGGCCACCUGCUCUUCCCCAUGUGA